AUGACGAAUAUGAACAAUCUAGUAACUCAAGAGAUAAGAACAGACAAUGCUUGUGGUGAGGCAAUAUGUGAGAUUGGAAGGCCAAAUGUUCGGUUGGAAGACCUUCCACUGGAUGUCCUGUACAAAAUCGUGUCCAAACUACCACCAAAAGAGUUUGCAAGGACUAGUGUUUUGUCAAGUAGUUGGAGAUGCAUGUGGUCGGAGUGCCCUCGACUGACAUUCGAUGCUGUUGUAAUGUGCAAAUGCAAAAGGGUUGAUUUGCACCAACAUACUGAGAGGUUCAUUCAUGAAGUUAAUGCAGUUUUGCAUAAAUACCAUGGCAGGGUGGUUGAAACAUUAGAAAUCAGAAUCGACUAUGUUGACAGCCUAGUUCAUCAUCUCAAUAACUGGAUUGAUUUUGCUGUGUCAUCACGGACAAAGAACAUAACUUUGGAUCUAAAGCCCAAAAGAUUCUGGGAAUUCAAUGACCCCUAUGUGUUUCCUUUCAAACUUUUUGAAAAUGGAAUCAUAUCGUGUCUUCAGCAUAUCCAGCUUAGCUUUGUAUCUCUGAAGCCACCUUCUCAAUUCAGUGGCUUUCCAAAUCUAAGAAAGCUUCAUAUACAAGUACUGUAUGCCAGCAAAAAGGAUCUAGAGCACGUGUUGUCCCAUUGUUGUAAACUUGAGUGGCUACAUAUAGACAGAUGCGAUCUCAAUGCUGAACUAACGGUGGAUACUCCACUGUCCCAUCUCCUAUACUUGUAUGUUGAGCACUGCAAAUUAACGAAGAUAAAAUUCCAUGCUGUGAAUCUAGCUGCCUUUAAAUAUGAAGGAGACUUCAUACCUGUUGACCUCAGCCACUCUUCAAAGUUGCAAAACGCAUAUAUUAAGUUGACAUCUAGAGAAGCAAUGGUUCUUGGACAACCCUUUGAAGUUUUCUUGUCUGAGGCAUUUACAAUUGUUCAUUUUACUGGAUACUCUUUAUGGUUGGCGGAUGUGGGUCCUCAUAGGCAGGACUUUGGGCAAUGCAAAUAUAACUAUUUGAAGAGCAUGUGUAUAACAGGGUUCAAAGGCGCACGAGGACAAGUUGAAUUUCUUUUGCAUGUUGUGGAAAAUGCCCCUGCACUAGAGGUCCUAAGUGUAGAUACAAAUGAGCGGGCACGCAAUGAAUUUUGGCCACAUAGAGGCAGCCCACCCUUUGAGAAAGCCAAGCAGAUUGCUAUAACUUUGUCUGAGUCCAAAACUCCCGCGAAGUGUUAA